AACGACUCUGCUUCUGUCGGCUUGUCAGCUGCACGAGACGCGCGGCAUAUUGUCUCAGAUAUGAAAACUGUCAGUUAACGUCAGUUAGCUUUGGUCCUGUUAAAAGCGACCGCUCGCUCGUAUAGAGAGGAACCGAAGACUGUCGCUAGUUUUUAACAGCGGUAUCAGAGCACCGCCACAGCUCCGUGCGAGCCUCCCUGGCGGCUGGCGCCCUUUGUAACUCUCUAAAGUGAAUGACUGUCUGUGUUGCUGGUUUCUUCACUCCAGCUACUGACUCCCAUGGCUCCAGGAACUGUCUGAUUCUGGAUCUGUUGAGCAGGAAUAGGGCAGGCCCAAGCAGAGAGAGAUGAGCUGGGCUGAGGAGGACUGGACAGUGGGGCUGUCUGGACGGGUCCUGCAAAAGGUGAAGGAGCUGCAGGUCCAUCAGGAGCGACUGUCCAGAGAGAACAAGCAGAAACAGCUGCAGCUGGACAGCAUCCAUACUAGCCUCGAAAAACAGACUACGAAGUAUGAGGAGGUGCGUGGGGAGCUCCAGUCUGUGCAGAGAGAGCUCCAGAGUGUUCGAGAUGAAGCCAAGGCAGCAGUGACCAGCAGGGAGCGUCUCACCCAGGAGCUUCAGACCAAGCAGGCCCAAGUGUGCUCUUUCGAGGGCCAGCUAGAUGCUGCUCGCACCCUCAACAACAAACUCACCCAGGAAGUCAAAAGGUUGGAGGCAGAGCUGGAGAAGCUGCAGAACAGCAACCGGUCAGCAGAUACCACUCUGUUUUCUACACCCUGCUGGAAUACAACCUCGCCCUGGGAACACAAUGGGAGCAGAAAGGAGGAGAGGCCAGGGCAUAGAGAUGAAGGACAGAGCCGGGCGCAUCACAUCCGUCAGCGGCUGCAGUUCUCCGAAGUGGCCACGUUACAGCGACAACAACACAAAAACACACCCCACCGCCACCCAUCCGAACAAUCGGACACCUUCUCCACUCCCUUGGCUGCGUUUCCGUGGGAACGGGAUGACUCGAGGCCAGCAGCCAGGAGAUUAUCCCCAUCCUCUCCCCAGACGCCCUACGCUGAUGUCAUCAGUCAAGGCCAGUUGGAGCAGAGGGUUUGUGGGAAGGAGAAGGAUUACAGGACAGAGACAGACAUACCUUUAUCAGAAGCAUGGAGUCGUGUGUCUGCUCUGGAGGAGGAGCUGCUUGCGAAGGCCGGGACGUUAAAGGCGAUUCAAAACGAAAUGGUGCAAACCAAGAAGGAGCUCGCUGCCAGGGAGCUCAGCAUUCAGAGAGCCCGCAACGAACUCAGCCUGGCACACACACGCAUGGCCCAGGAGAGUGAACGGGCAUCAGGAGCUGAGCAAAGGCUGAAGCAGCUACAAGAGGAGCUGAAGUGUCAGAGGCAAAAUGCAGAGAGCAGCCGACUGCAACACCAACAACGCUCCAAGGAGCUUGAGAAACAACAUCAGAGGGAUUUGACGGAGCUUCAGAAGGAGAGGCAGUGCCUGGAAAAGCAGCAUCAGCGGGAGGUAAAUAAGCUCAACCAGGAGCUCCAGCAGGCCAGGACGCUCCACAAUGCCCUGCAGGCCCAGGCUGACAAGAUGUCUCUACAGAAGCAGGCAUUGGACAAAGAGUUGGAGACUCUGAAAGAGAAACUGAAGUGGACAGAGGGACAGCUGCAGGAGAGCCAGAAGGAAGAGGCGCAGGCACAAGCCAGACUGACGGAAGCGACACGUGAGGCGGAGGGUGUGGCAGUGAGUCUGGAGCAGAGCAGAAAGAGAGAGCGAGCUCUGGAGGAGGAGGGGAGGAGACUGGCAGAGGGGCAAGUUGAGGCCCUUCGUCGUCUCAAAGAACUGCAGGAGCAAAAACCUGCCCCAGCACCCCUUCUACAACCUGUCCAGUUUUGCCCUGUUGGCCAGAGUUUCUCCCCUCAACCUUCUUACUCUCUUCAUUCUCGACCGUCAACUCACAUCAAGAGGCCCACUGCUGCAACCUUAGCUGAGCAGAAAUGGGAAGAGGAUGAGGAUGUGGAUAAGAGAAGGGCAGAGAUUUCGGUAUCUUACCCCUCUGACAGAGAGCCAGGAGAAGGCAUCGACUCAGAACACAUCACUGCCCUUAUCUCCCCAGACUCUGAGUGUUUACAAAGGGGAGGACACAGAAGAAAAAGUAACUCGGAGGAGAACAAGAGUAGAAAUGAGGUGAUAGAGUUUGACAGCUCUGGGACAAGCAAAAACUCCACAUUUGAUCAUGUACUCUCUAGUUCCUCUCAUUCUGCCGCUGGUACGCCCACCAACACCUCUACGGAAGGUGAUCGUUGCAGUUUGAUGCUUUCUGCUGAAAAGACACCUUCUCUCAAGUCUGAGCAGGCCAAGGCCUCUGAAGACCUCAAGAGGGAGAAUGCCACAUUGCGUUCAGAGCUACAUGAUGCACGCGAAGAACUGCAGAAACGUCUUGAGGACCUGGAAGCCCAACGACGGGCCGAGGCAGAAGCCAGGACCCGGCUCAAACAGCUCAGCCGCAAACAUGCCGGCCAGGCUGUGGAGAAGGAGGAGCAGGACAAGGAAUUGAGGGCACAGCUGGAGAGUGAGAGGGCUGAAACGGAGAGGUUGAGGAAGGCCAUUGCUACUUUGGAGACAGAGAUGAAGAGAGGAAGGUUAGAAAGAGAAAAGAAUGAGAGAGAAGAGCAGGAGGAGGAGAAAUACAAAGCACUAGAAGACCGGGAGAGUGAAAUGAUAGAGCUUAAUAUCCAGCUAAAGAAACAGCUAGCGGAGGUGAAGGCCCAGCUGGCUUUAGAACGAGAAGAUAGAAAGAGAGAGGAAGAGGAGAGGAACAAAAUAACAAACACAGACAGGGAUGUAAAGAAGGAGCUGAGCAUGAAACUGGAAGAACUUAAAGCUGAAUUGGAAGAACUGAAGCGCAGCAGAAACGAAGACUCGCUGGAAGAGGAGAAACUCUCAGUUGCCAACAGCCCGCUGACGUACCUGACUCUCCAUGAUGAUGAGCUCAACUCCAACAUGGUUCGCUGUGACAACAAGCUCCUCCCUUCACCAGAACAGCACCUCCUCUUCUGCCAGUCCACCAACCAACGCAACAUGCUUGUAUCUCAGGCAACAGCAGAUCUCAUCCUGGAAAAGCGAACAGUGAUAGAUCCUGAAUGCUCACCUCUGUCAGAUGAGGGGCAAACAGGUCCAGUGGCCUCUGACCUGGAAGACACCAGACAAAACUAUCUGACUGGGUCUUCCCCGUCAGACCACAGAAAGGCACUUUCUGACCUCCAGAAGGAUGAACCCGCCCUCUCAGAUUCUGCAGAGGUGGAGCACCUGCAGAAGGAGAAUGCAAAGGAGAGAGAACGUGCUAACCAGUCCCAGGUUAAACUGGAGGCCCUGCAGAGCCAGGUGACACGUCAGACAAAGCAGCUAACCAUGGCCUUUGAGAAGCAGAGUCAGCACAUCUCUGGCCUUUUAGCUGAGCUGCAAGAAAAGGAGUGUGCCCUCCUUUGCCAGAGAGAGGAACUUCAGCUGUACAAGCAAGAGCUGGAUGCACUUAAGGCCCAAAAAGAGGGAGGGGAGAAGAAAAGAAGAGAGGAGAUGACAGUCAAAGUGGUAGAGGGUGGGGAGCAGACAGAAAAGACACAAGAUGAGAGGUCGGUGGAGAUCUCAGGGCUUCAGCCAAGCCAGGAAAAGGAGUGUGCUGUCACAUUCCUCACUACAAACUCAAUGGCAGACAAUGACUCUAAUUCACAGAGAGAUGCAGGUCAACCAGAGAUUGUGAUAUCUGAUGCUCAAAGUCCAACACCUAUUACCCACAAUGAACCGCUAUGGUCAGGGGAACAGCAUCUGGGCUCUGUAGACUCAGACAAGACUCAGAGUAACCAUGACUCUGCUUGUGUGAUGGGAGAGACUGAGUGCGGUCAAGAUGGAGGAACAGCAGACUUGGUUGCAGAACUGCUCACUCUCCGACGGGAGAAUCAGCUGUUGAAACAAAGAAUAGAGGGCUUGACCAUCUCAGACACCAGCACCCCAGCGUUACACACUGACAGUGAAAAUCAUGAAGACCCAGUCAAGCAAAGCCAAAACACAGGAAAUGCUGCUCUGUCCUGCUUGGCAGAGCAGAGGUCACCUAGUGUGCCGAAUGACAUCACCACUGAGGCACGACAGUCACCGCUGCAGAAUUUGAAGAGGAGUGAAGAUGAAGGAGGAGAUUUAGAAAGGGAAGAUAGGACUACGGCUGAAGAAGAGCUGGACGCAGUGACUGAGCUUCAGAUCAACCGCCUACAGCAACAGGUGGUGGAGCUGCACAUGAAGGUACGGGCUCUCUCUGAGGAGACCCAGCAGCAGGCAGAGGAGCUUGCUGUGUGGAGACUGGCCUCACAACCAGCCCCAACAUUUCACCAGUUCCUUCUCAACAAAGACAACCAGUCUGAGACCCAGGACCAGAUCUCUGCUGUCAGACAGUCCCAGUCAAACCAGCAGCAGACUGAUGAGAUGACCCACAUCCUGCCAGGGACCCAGGUUCAGGCGCCUUACCAGGGUGUUCAGGAGAACCCUGGUAAUGUGACAGUCAUCAGAGAAGAUGAGUUACUCCUCUCCUGCUCCUCCAACAAACUACAGGGCCACAUGUUGUUCUCCAGACUGCAGCACAGCAACCUUCCUGAACCAAAGAGUCUACAUCCCUCUAAAAAGGCUGCAGAACUUCAGGAAUACAAUCAGGACACUGCCAAGAUUGACAAGGAAUGUGAAAAAGAGAACCAGGAGAUCGUCUUACUUCAGUCAAAUACCUGUCAAACGCAACACAAAGAGAAGAGAAAAACUGAAGCUAUCCAGAUGUCAUCUGAGAAAACGGGUCAACAAUAUGUCACCAAAGAUUCCCACAAAGUCUCAGGACCAAAGCAGACCAAAACAGCAGAGUGUUUCAUGGGGAAUCCUGAGGCCAAACCAGAUGCUUUCGGAGCAACCAAUGAAAUAAACACAACCAAUGAUUUCUCAGGUAGAAAUGUCAGGACAGAAAUAAAAAGUGUCAGCAGUCAAACAGAGGAGAGUUUUUAUCCUUGCGGUGCUCUAACAGCACCUGAACUCCACUGUGCAUACACACAGACUGAGGAGGAGGAAGAAGAAGAAGAGUUAGUGGAAUCCCCUCCUGUCUCUCCUGUCCCAUUAUCUAAGGGGGCAGAUUUGGAAGACAAAAUGUUGUUUUCAGGUUCCUUCCCCAUCCCGGCAGACCCGGCCCGUCUGGCUGAAAGAAUCCGCCGUAACAGGACGCAGCUGUCAGCCGCCUUUGACGACACAGAGUAUGAACCCUAUGGACUGCCGGAAGUCGUCAUGAAAGGUUUUGCCGACAUCCCCAGUGGUCCCUCAUGUCCCUACAUUGUGAGAAGAGGUUUGUUAGGGACAACCGUCAUGCCUGUCCCUCAGAAAGACCCCGCACAGGAGGAGGAGACGGAUUAAAACAGGUUACAGUGGUUGUCUACAGAUCUGGUGGAAAGAACUGAUCACUGUGGCUUGACAAUAAACCUCAGUGAUGGACGUCAGCAGCUGUACAGGGACACAACAGUCACCAGCAACCCUGAAGCACUUCAAACCAACACAACCAGUUUAAAAAGUGCUACAAUCACUCAUGGACUUCUGUAUGUGUGUGCAGGUAACUGGGCCUGCACUGGCAAAAUGUCUUAAUGGUCACUAGUUUAUCCUCUAAAUGCUGUGUGGAGACUUUGCUGUCCAUCACAAUGCUGUCACUUAUACAAACCUGUAUAUUUUGGUACAGAGGUAGUGAUUUAGUGAUUUUUUUUUUUUUCUGAUGCUUCGUUUCUUGAAGCUAAAAACCACUUUUCCAAAGGGACUGUUUUUAGUAACUUAUGGGUUUAGCCUACUUUGAAUGAAACAGUGCCUAGUGGAUGCUUUUCUAAACAAGUGCUUAUCAAGAUAAGUUUGACUUGUUUUCCAAAAGGGUGAAGCCAAGAGAGGCCUGCUGUGAAAAUGUUUAAUUUGAUGUUUAAAUGAAUAUUUUCUUCUUUUUAAUUAUUGAGGUGGCUUAUUUACGGACACAUGAAUGUUAUAGUAGAGGGCAGGUGUGAAAACCUAGUGAGCAUGUGUGUGAGACGUUAGCUGUGAAUAUGAACAUGUGUGUCCUCAACUUGAUGUUACUGUUUGUGUGGGGCAGCACAUGUCUAUGACUCAGUUCAACCUGUGUUGGUUUCCGCUCCAUGUAUGGUGAUACACUCUGUGCUCCCUCUCUCCUCCUCCUGCUGCUUUCCUUCUCUGUCUUAUACUAAUGAGCAGUCAGUGGUUAGCUCUGCAAUGAAUUUACCAAAAACUAACAUUUGAAGCUUCAUUUUAUUAGCAGAGCAUACAGAUGAAUUCAGUUGGUUUCUUAUAUUUGAUCAGAUAUAAUUUAUUUGAUUGAUGUAACUGUUUUUGAUAGAUUUUUGGUUCUUGCACAUUUGUUACUGUGCCAUAGACAACAGUAGCCUACAUAUAUGUACACUGUAGAUUUUGUAGAUAAGUUUAGAGCUGAUGUACAGUUUGUAUUAUGCCCUAUAAAAGAGGAUCUCGCCACUUUGCUUGCUUACAAGGUUAGUUAAAGGAUCGGUUCACAUUUUUUCAAGUCAAUCUUAAAACUAUUCUCACAUGCCUACAUGUACAUUGAAAGAGUUACUGGUCAUUGUAAUUGUUUAUCCUAUCCAUACUGGCUGCAAAGAGAUUUUCCCAAGCAAUUUCAAUGUAAGAGAAGGGGACAAAAUCCAGUCCUCAUACUGUGUAAAAAUACACUCUGAAGUUUAGUAGAAGCUACUAGGCUAAGCUAGGCCUGGUCACACCAGAAAGUGGUACAGCAAAAUGAAUCUGCACGUCUCUGCGAAAUAUUUGGUGUAGAAGCUUGGUGAUGUAGUGACUAUACUCGCAGUACUGGCUAGUUGGUGAAGGUUGGUGCCAGGCAGUCACAGUAGCUCCUGGAGAUUUUCUCUAGCUUAGCUCAAUAAGUUCACACAGUUUACUCAAAAGACUUAUUUAUACCAUCAACUCUUGUCUCUGUCUGUAAACCAUUCCCUAUUUUGUGGAGCAGUUAAAACUCAGACAGAGGAGGUUAAAUGAAAGUGAAUGGUGCAAAACAGCUAAUAAGUUACAAUAGCUUCCUCCAUUUUGGGCUCUCCGGCUCUCUGUUCCCUCAAAGAUCAGAACUUCAAGACAGCUUGUUAUUGGUCAAUGGCGUGAAUUUGCAGGUCAAAAUUCACCUAAUUUGAACUCAAUGCAAAAGACUUGCGCGUAUUUACUUAGCCUCGGUGAGCAAAUCCACUAAUCAUUGCAAUUCCAUUGGCCAAUUUUUCUUAAAGAUUAUUUUUGUGCUUUUUGCCUUUAUUUGAUAGGAACAGCUGAAGAAAGACAGGAAAUGUGGGGGGAGAGAGGGAAUGAAAUACAGCAAAGGGCUGCGGGCCGGACCCAAACCCAGGCUGCCAUGGCAAGGACCCACCGGAGCGCCCCUCAUUAGCCAUAUUUAAAUCCUGGUGUGACCAGCCCCUUCAAGUGGGUAUCUUCCAAAGUUAGUCUUUCUAGUAUAGUCUUUAUCAAGUAUAGUUUCUUUAUGUUUCUCCAGACAGUGUUUACUUACUGAGUUCUGGCAGAGAAAUGGUAACUUUGGAAGAUACCAGCUUGAUUUGUCGAACUCAGACUGCUGAAGCCUCAUAUUAGCUUCAGAAAUAGGACUGUGGGUUUUGUCCCUCAUUAAUUACACAAAAAUUGCUUCAAGAAAGGUUCUCUAUGUGGCCGGUAUGGACAGGGGGGGACAAUUAAAGUGACCAUUAAUUCUUUCAAUAUAUACAGCAAUAAUAAUAUCAAUAUUACAAUAUACAAUAAUAUUGACAUGUUAAUAUUGUUUUAAGACAGACAAAUCUGAACCUAUCCUUUAAAACCUUGCUGAGCUCUCUUUCAGUGACUUUUGAGAAUAUUUCAGUUGAAGGUUUUUGACAUAUUUGUGUUAAACGUGUGGAGUGAUUUUAUUUUUAAUUUUUUUAUGUUUACAUUUUAUUUAGAGCUAGAGAGUUGUCUCCCAGCUUCGGCUUGUUGACUCAGUCAGAACAGUAUGGACUAUGUUGACACCCUCACACACACUCAAACACACACACACACACACAAACUUUCCCUCCCUUUCGGCUGCCUUCAUAUCUCUGGGAUCUGUAGUCUUUGGCAGUGAGGUGGAAUUGUCGGACUCGGAGCAGGGAAGCUCACUUUGUAGUUGUUGCCUUGUCUUGGACACUAUCAUGUGAACGUAUCUGUGUUGUGUUUGCGGCUAGAAUAAAAGGCUUGCUUUUACUUUAA